UAUAUCUUGUCCUAUAGCCAAAAUGCAGAGCUGUCUUCACAAAAUCAAUUCCCAAUAAGCAUUUGCCACUUAGCACUGAGUGCCCACCAGCACUUCCCACUAAAGACCCUUUAAGCCUAAAUCAGGAACCUCCUCAAAAUUCCUCCAUAAUAACUUUCUCUCUCUCUUCUCCCUCUCUUUCUCUGCACAUUUAUUGAAGUUCACAAUAGGUGAAUUGAUUUCAUCAUCAUUAUUAAUGGCUUCCUUUUGGUCAUUCUUCGCAACUUUCAUGGUUUUCAUGGCCUAUUUUUCUUCUCCAGCUUUUACAUCUCGAGUACAUGUACAGUUCUCAACUAUAUCAGCAGCACCCGCAUUCUUGCCUGAAGCUCCCUUAUCCUCCCCACCAAGUUUAUCACCAGACAUUGAGCCUGUGUUCCCCACAACUGGAGCUGGAGUGCCUUCUCCAGCAGAGUCAUCACUCCCCACUAUUCCUUCAAGCCCAAGUCCUCCGAAUCCAGAUCUUAUUGAGCCAGCUGCAGGGCCUGUGUUUGCAAUGUCACCAUCUGGGGCUUUACCAGAUUCUGCUGCUACUUCUCUAAGUUCACCAGGACCUCUAAAUCUAGCUGUAUGCUUUCUUGGCUUUCUGGGGUUUUGCUUCAUGCAGCUUUCUGCUUUGUGAGGUACUGUUGGUGGCAGUUCCAUUAUUGUUGCUAGUGGAACACUCUCUUAUUUUUUGUUGAUUUCUUUUUGCAGUAUAUAGUAAUGCCAUAUUGUGAUGUUGGGCGAGAAAGAGAGUGUGGGUGGCAUUGUUGUAACUCUGUGAUAGGAUAUUUGUCUUAAAAAAUAUUAAAUAAAUAAAGUUGCUUUCUCCAUUCUUAUA